AUGAUGUUGGUUUGGAAAUGUAUUCAAAACCCUAUUGCUCACACAGUCAUGUUCACACUACUCUUCUCUUUGGCCACCUUGAUAAUCCUACCGCCAUCUCCGAUCAGUGCCUCCUCUCCAUCUGUUUCUGCUCUCUUCGCUUUCGGCGAUUCCACGGUGGAUUCCGGCAUGAACAACGACCUCCUGCCUUUCGUUCGGUGCGACCAUCCCCCUUACGGCAGAGACCUGCCGGACCACGUCCCCACCGGAAGGUACUCCAAUGGAAAGAUUGCAACUGACUUUAUGGCCUCAAACUUGGGACUCAAGGACCUCUUGCCUGCUUACCUCGACCCGAAACUGACCGACUAUGAUUUGCUCACCGGGGUCAGUUUCGCGUCGGGAACUUGCGGCCUAGAUGAUCUGACCUUGGAGUUGAGCCACGUCUAUAGUAUGGGGGAUCAGUUGGAGUAUUUUGAUGAAGCCGUAGUGAGGAUGAAGAUAAGUGUUGGGGAAAAGAAGGGUAGAGAGAUUGUGGAAAAUGCACUGUUUGUGGUUAGUGUUGGGACGAAUGACUUGAUGCUGAACGUGUAUGAGUUUCCACUAACCGAGAGGAAAACUCAGUUUACGUCUACAGACCAGUACUCUGAUUUUCUGCUCCAGAGACUUGGGUCCUUUAUUCAGGCUCUGUACAGUAGGGGAGCACGGCGGUUCAUGGUGGCGGGUCUUCCACCGAUCGGAUGCCUUCCGCUUCAACAGACACUGAGCGGCAUCAUCAAUCUGCGCCCUCAGCGCCUGUGCGUCACGCAGCAAAACAUAGACUGUCAGACCUACAACUCCAAGCUCCAGGCCCUUCUCUCAAGUUUGCAAACCACAUUACCACUCCCUAGUUCAAGGCUAGUCUAUUUUGACAUCUACAACCCCAUCAUGGACAUGUACAACAACCCAGAUAAAUAUGGGUUUGUGCAUAUACAUGAAGGAUGCUGUGGAACUGGGAUGCUUGAGUUGGGGCCUCUGUGCACAGAGCUUUCGCGGACAUGCCCCGACGCGUCGAAGUAUCUUUUCUGGGAUGCAGUUCAUCCUACUGAAGCAGCAUUUUUUGUUAUUGCUGACUAUGCUCAUAAGACUGUCUUGCAGUACCUUAGUUAG